UUGGACUCAACUGGAAGUCAGGCGUGUGAAACUAUCGCGGCCCAGGGCGUUAAGGACCCGGUCCUCCGGAUGGCGGGAGAGGGGAGCGGAGAGGACGUGGUGUCGGAGUACCUGGGCCAGAACCCGCAGCUGGCCGGGUGGGUGGACACCUUCCGCGGCUACUGUGAGAGCAACAAGCAGUGGCUGGCCCGGAGGGAGUUCAUCCUGAGGAACCUGGAGGCUUUCCCCACGGUGGAGCCGGGCCAGACCGGCGGGAGCCUGGACAGGCUGCUGUCUCUGUCCAUGGUCUGGGCCAACCACGUUUUCCUGGGAUGCAGCUACCCUCAGGCUGUCCAGGACAAGAUCAAGGAUAUGAGCGAGGGCAUCGUGGUGAAAGACCCUCCGGUUCACAAAACCACAAAAGAAGAAGCGGCGUCCCGCGGGAAGAGGAGCGCCGACGGCGAGGGCGAGGGGGGGGUGAAGCGUAGCCGGUGCGGCCCCCCCGAGGCCCAGAAGUGGGCGCCCCCCCCGCAGGCCCCGGCGGAGCGGCAGCCCCUCUUCAACCGGCUCUACAAGGCGGUGGCCUGGAAGCUGGUGUCUGCGGGCGGGCCGGGGCCCAACCUGGACCACUUCGAGGUCCUGCGCAGCUGCGCCGAAUCCUGCAAGACGGCGCUGGCCUGCACCUUCGUGCCUCUGCGGGACAUCGAGGGGCUGCCGGCCGGCCGCACGCAGGACGGCCACGUGUGCGAGCUGCGCUGCCAGACGGUGUACCUGGGCACCGGCUACGGGCGGGACGAGGCGGCCGCCCGCGCCAUGGCGUCCAAAGAGGCGCUGAAGGUUUUCCAGGGCCGCAAGGUGGCGGUCAAGGUGUGCCGGCGCCGCUUCAGGGGCCGCGACGUGGACGACCUGGUGCUGCUGGACGAGCAGCCGCGCGCCACCCAGGGCUUCCCCCCCGCCCUCAGCUACCCCUUCCAGGAGGGCCAGCCCGAGGGUGACGCCUCCUGAGGCCCCGGGGCCCCCUGCUGGAGGCCCACAGACACUGCAGGGCUCCACUGACCCCCCCACCAGAGGACGAGCAGGUCCAAAUCUGUGCAGGUUCCCCCCAGAAACCAGAACCAGAACAGCCCCCGACGCUAGCGGCUUAAAAACGGGGGAAAAAGGGCAGGUUUCUAAGCUAAAUUAAGCUUUUUUUCCCUGUUUUUUUCUGUUCAGCGCCCAGAGGAUGAAGCAGGAGUUUGGAAAUUAGCUUUUCGUUUAGUUUUUCUUUCUUUCUCCGCUCAGAUUUUAACAAACCACCAACCAAUCAGCUGUUCAGGACGAAGCAGGUUCCCCCCCAGAACCAGAACCAGAACAGCCCCCAUUUCCAGCCAGUGGCUCGUUCAAAAAAAGGGCAGGUUUCAAAGCUAAAUGAAUCUAUUUUUCCAGUUUUUUCUUUACAAACA